AUGUUCCAUCCGCCUGUCCCUGCAUCCACCCACACUCUGUCGGCCACGUACCAUAGUAUUAUCCACAAGGUCUGGGCUUUGAUUCAGGAUGGCAUUCGCAAAUACAAGCUUGAAAAGCAAGACAAGGUCUGCCCAGCCAUGGACAGCAAUGCGAACCUCCACCGUACAACUUGGCAAGCUGGUGUCGAUCUAUCGGAGCUCUCUGAUGCCUCGGUUCAACUGCCGUACUGGAAUGAAUGCGCGGCCAAGCAACCCGCUUCCGUAGUAAGGGGGCCGUUUCGAGCAGGCCUAUCCACAAAACUCGCUUCUGGAAGCACUGCCUACACCAAGAGAAGGGAUGCGUUCCCCGUCUGGCUGUGCUUUUUACUACUGUACUCCGACGUUCCCAGUAUAUACAGUGAGUUAAUUACCGGUACAUAG